AAGGGGCAAAUGGUGUAAAUAUCUGUUUUUCUGGGGUCCCCUCUCGGUUGUUCUUGUUUAUACCUUCCCUCUCCCGCUCAACGUUUUCCUUCCCUCUUUCUUCCAUUCCUUUCCUCUUUCUCUGCAAAACCCUAAUUUAGCCUUCCCUCCUAAACACUAAUUAUCACUUCUUCACCUCUGGGGGACCCAGGAACACUUCUCUUCCUUGUCCUCUUCAGGUUUUCUCAAGUUCUUCACCCUUAAUUAUUUUCACUUCUGCCCUGCUUCAACGGAUGCCAUUGCAAGUAUAGGAAGAUAUGGAUGCAAAUGCGCCUGUGGAGGAAAACGGUAGGAUGGAGCUUACCGAAAGUGGUAAACAAGAUGGUAAUCUGGGUGAUGACUUCCUCGAGGAUUUUGACUCUUGUUGGCAAGACAUUACUGACCGGUUGACCAUUUCAAGACUGGUAAGCGACUCUGUCAUCAAGGGUAUGGUAAAUGCAAUUUCUCAGGAGGCGCAUGAGAAAAUUACUCAGAAAGAAUUGGAGGUGUCUGAAUUGAAGAAAAUACUACAGUCCUACCACUUGGGUCCCAACUCCGAGAAUACAAAGUUUUUGGCGUUUCCAUUGAGGUCGUGCGAGCCAAAAUGUACUGAAUUUGACAGAAAUGACAGCAUCCGUGGUGCAUUCUUUGAGCACGAUGGAAUGACAGAAUCGAUGUGCAGCCUAAGGAACACAGCUAAGGAAAACCUCAACAAACUAAAGAAAGAAAUUGAUAGAAUAAGAGGAUGCAAUUCAAUUAGAAAUAUCAAUUCAGGCUCUGAGUUUGUUGGACUUGGAUUGGGUGGUCUACUACAGGAAAAAGCAUCUUCGAGAUGUAUUGACCUCGAUAAAAUUGUUGAUGAUCUUCAAGAUAACCUAGAUACUUUCUAUAAGCAGCUGGAAGGUAUACUUCAAUUGUCAAAAGCAUCUCUUGGUCAGUGGCAAGUCGAGCAGGAGUACCUAGCAGAUAUUGAGUGCCUGGUGAUUAGAAAUUAUAUCUGGAGUAUCCAACAGGAGUUUGAAGAGAAAUUAUGGGACCAAAAUGCUAAAAUUUUGAGUAAUGAAAGAAAGAUAUCAGCCGAAAAGAUGAAAGAAAUUUCAUGUUUACGUCAAGAACUGGAUAUAAUUUUAAAAUCACUAUCUCCUGAAGUUGGACAUUUGAUUUCCUAUAGUUCCAUGGAUUCUGAUCAUUCUCACCGCAAGUUAUUAGGUAAUCAUAUGACUCCAACUUUGCAUCGGGAAGGAAAUGGCAAGCAUGAAAUGUCCAAGACAAAUCUUCCUGAGAAUGUGGACCCUUCUCGUCUGAAGCAUAUGGGCAAAGAUGAAUUGAUCAAUCAUUUUAACACUGAGAUGACAAAAAUGAGUAGAAAUCACGAAUCCCAAGUACAUGAAAUUACUGAGGAGAAUUUUGCUCUCAAAAGAGAAAUUUUGAAGGAAAGAGAGAAGUCAUCUAUGUUGAAGAAGGAUAGAGAAUUUGACAUACUUAGGAGAAAAAUCCCUGACAUUAUUCUAAAGUUAGACGACAUUCUUAUGGAAAAUGAGAAGUUACGGUCGUCAGAUGCUAAUGAUGAGAACCUAGGCACAAUGAGGAAUAGACUGGAGUCUCUUAUUUCAGAAAAUCAUCACCUUAAGGACUUGCUUGGAGAAAAGAAAAAGGAGAUUAAGUGUUUGUCCUCUCAAGUUUCAAGCCAUGCCGAGAAAAUGUCUCAACAUUCUCUUGUACUUUCCGAGUCCUUAAAUACAAUUGAAAAACUUAAAUGUGAGAUGCAGGAGGCUCAAUUUGAGGCCUCAAUUUGUGAGGAUAUAGUCGAAUGCUUCUUAAGGGAGAUGAUGGAUGAAAGCAAAUGUGCCACUGAGGAGUCAGCUAUGAGAUAUGAUAUCAUGCAAGGAAUUUAUGAAACUGUCUUUGAAGGAGCAUCUUUUGUAGGUGAGCUUGCUAGUACAUCUGAAAAUGAACAUUUGGAUGAGGAAUCCAUCGUUAUGCAAGGUCUUCUAGGAGUGGUUUUACAAGAAUCCUUAAAAGAAGCUGAGGAGAAAAUGAUUAGCUUGCACAACCGAUAUAUGGAAGAGAUGAGUGCUCGACUGUCCAUAGAAAAAGAGGUGUUACAUUGUGGACAGGCAUUAGAAAUAGAGAUUUUUAAUAACAAGAAGUUAGAAGCAGAACUAAUAUCAUCUAGAGCAUCAUUAAAAGAAAAAGAAAAGCUCGUGCAAGAAAUAACCUCUUUAUUAAAAGAAGAGAAAGAGAAGCUAGCGUUAGCUUAUGAAGAGGUUGGUUCUUUGAAGGAUCAGGCCAAUAGUCAGGAAAUACUGAUUUUAAAAAGCCAUGAAGAAUCAAAUACUACCAAUUUUAAAUUGACAGAGGCCAUGCAAAAUGUUGGAUUACUUAAGGUGGAAACUUGUGAAUUGAAACGGAAGCUUGAACAAGCAAUGGCAGAAUUUAGAAAGGUUGAUGAAGAUAGAAGAAUGCUUGUUGCCACGGUGUCAGAGAAUCAGGAGACUAAGUUAUUGUUCGAGGAGAAAGAAAAGGAACAUAGGAAGCAGAUGGAAACGGUAAUUUUUGUGGUCCAGGAAUUAUCAAAAGAAGUUUAUGAUUUUGAACACAGAGUGAUUGACUACAUUUCAAGGAAUAAUGAAAGGUUGAAGAGAUUGGGUUCUGAGACAAAGUCACUUAUCCAGGAUGCUUCUAUGGUGAAAAGGGAUCGUUUGAUCUACAAGCAGAGGCUUGAGAAGAGGUGUUCUGACCUCCAAAAGGCUGAAGCUGAGGUCGAUCUUUUGGGGGAUGAGGUUGAUGCUCUUUUAAGACUUCUUGAAAAGAUGUAUAUUGCUCUUGAUCAUUAUUCACCAAUAUUGAAACAUUAUCCUGGAAUUGUUGAAACCUUGAAGCUUGUAAAAAGAGAAUUGAGUGGAAAUACGAUGGAAGCUUUUUGACAUGCUACGAUGAGGUUAAAAGCUGUGAAUUCCCUGCUGCAUGUUCUGCAAUGCAGGAUUUCUGGAAAGGCAUUAUUUCUAAGGUAUACAUUGCCUCCAAAAAGGGAGGAACAACUGUAAGUAGAUAGUUAACUAGUUGUGUGGAGGCAGGAAACCCAUGUCCUCAAAACUUCAGUUACCAGUCCUAAUCUCACUGAGGUUAACCGAGAAAAUCUAUCGGCAGAAAUGAGAUUAACACAACAGAAAUAUAGAUUGGAGAACAGGAUUUGUAGGUAUAGAAUAAGUCAUUCUUUUUGUCUCAGGGCUUGUAGGCUCCUCGUUUUCAGUAUAACCCUUAGGGUUCUUUUUGUUAGAUGUUUAUUGUUUCUCAUAGUUUUCUUUUCUUUGUUGUAAAGGUUGUUUCAUCCAGUAAAUCAAAUGCCUUUUUACAGAAAGUUAAUGUUAUUUUCUCAAUAUAUGUCUAUGGUUGGGGUUGAAA